GUUGAAUCCAAAAUAAGUCCUAUGCGCAUCGCACUUCAACUCUUGGCUAUUGAUUUGUUAUCUUUUCAUCUAUAUGCAGUUUUGGUUACUCACUCACCCAGUGUAGGUACUCUCUAUUAUAGUUUCCUUAUACAAAUUCUAUUAUAAGAUAAUUGAACAAUUUAUCCAUAAAAGCCUCAAUUUAAAUCAUAAUACUUGGGUACUCAUCUACGAUAAUUCGCUCUAUAUUGAUGGUACUAUUGCAAUGGCAACACUAGUUAGACCUAAAAUCGAUCUGGAGGUUGCCAAAAAAGUUGUGUUUGAUUUAUAUGGUUUGAAUGUGACUAGAAUAACGGCUUUGAAUGGCUACGAUGACAAAAAUUUCCAUAUUUUAGUUGCUAAAAAUAUCGAUUGUGAUGGAUAUGUGUUGAAAGUUGUUAAUAAUUUGGAUUCUCUGGAUGAAAAGGCUUUUCAUGCCCAAACUGAGUUGUUGGUGUAUUUGAACAAUAGCGAUAUAAGAUGCUCGAAACCUUUUCCAACUAAAAAUGGAAAACCGUUUGAAAUUAUAUCAUUGCCAUCUGGUAAACAUGUAGUCAGGCUUUUGGAAUAUAUUGCAGGAGAUAUUUUAUUCCAAAUAAAAAAUCCAAAAAAUUAUAUAUUUUUUCAAGUGGGUGUUUUGGCUGCCAAAAUGGAUAAUGCAUUACAGAAAUUUGACCAUCCAGCCUAUCAUAAAACCAUUCCAUGGUGUUUAUCGUCAGCACCGGAUAUUUUAAACUAUCUACAUUCUGUAAAUGAAAAACAGCAAGUUUUGGUAAAACAAACAAUCAACGAGUUUUCUUCAAGAGUACUUAUAAAUGAAGAUAAACUAGAUAAAGGUAUAAUUCAUGGAGAUAUUAAUGAACAAAAUCUAAUAGUCGAAACCGAAAAUGAAAAAACAAAAGUUACAUCAGUUAUAGAUUUUGGAGAUACUCAUUAUUGUUGUUAUCUAUAUGAAUUAGCUUUAGCUAUGAUGUACAUGAUAGUUUUAGCUAAUGACAUUGAGGCUGGAGGCCAUGUUUUAGCCGGAUAUUUAUCUGUAAGGCCAAUGAGAGAGGAGGAUAUCAAUUUAUUGAAGAUUUGUGUAAUGGCAAGAUUUUGUCAAUCACUUGUGCUAGGCGCUCACGCAAGUUUACAAGAUCCUGGAAAUGACUAUGUACUAAUAACAGCUAAAAAAGGUUGGGGCCUUUUGAAACAGCUAGCUGAGGAAAGUGAGGCGGAAGUAUUAAGAAAAUGGAAAAAUAUCUAUUCUUAAUGUAUGACAUGCACGCAGCCAAAAGGCAGUGAGCUCGCUCUAUUUCCCAGAAUGUUCUUUUGCUACCGACCGCCAUACUGAAUAGUCUAAAUUGCAAGUACUUUAUUGUGAUGUAACAAACUUUGAUAUUUUAUCAUUUUAUAAUAAACCUAAGUGUAUUAAUGUGAUUGUUUAAU